CAGAGGCUGCAAGUCAAGCUCUGUUUACUUGAUUGCAGUCCAUACUGUGUUAAUUGUUUCAGGCUUUCCUCUUGGUCAAAUCCGAAGGGGGUUUUCUUUUUCCCAAAGAAAGAGUAGGGAAGGAAUAAUGAAGGGUUCCCAUCGAGUAAUGGGUUUUCCCAUUCCUCUCGCCUGUAAACCGUGAUAUUCUCUUGGUACAGAUUUAUCUGGCAGAUGUUCCCCCCAUUAAAAAAAAAAAAGGUGUUACAAUUUAAGAAAAAUAAGAUGGCUCGGCUCUGAGCAGCGAGAACAAAGAAAAGAUCUAAGUGAGCCGGCUGGGUUUAUCAAUGGCGUAGGAAGCGACUUCCGGGGUGAGACCGGGCUCGCAAGAAAUGGGGAGGUUUUGUGUGGCGGCUAGAAACGAGAGAGGGCGUUUCUAGGAAAUCGAAAGUAAAACUGUUUUUUGCACUUUGGCGGCUAAAGGCGAGUCCGAAGAGAUCGGGGGGAGGAGAGUGUAAAAUCCACGUGAAACCUGGCAGAGACGAAGAGGUUACGGUUUGUUUUGCAAAGGAAGAAGAGAGAGAGAGAGUUCUCAAUAUGAAGACCCAUGAACUUGAUAUUCCAGAAAAGAAAAUAAAGCUAACUGUCUCCUUGCCUAAAAUGGCAACAGCAGCAGCUAAGGAGAAUGAGUCCUUGGGAGAAACAGAUCCCAAUCAGGAGCCUAUUGCCUCUAAAGAACCCAGAAGGCCAGUAAAUCAGGAAACUAUCAGCCUGGAAUCAUCCAACCUUAAUUUGCUAAUCAAAGAACUUAAAUCAAACACCUCUGCUGGGAUUGUGUCUAUGGAAGAUUUGGAGUCCAGCACAGCAAACAUUUCUGAAGAGAAAGGAAAUGUGGAAAAAGAGAUGAUGGCCCAGGAAGAAUUUUGUGUGGUGGUAGAGACAGCUACAGGGGAAGAAAUCGAGGAAUAUAUUGUGGAGUUGUACUUUGAAAACAAGAAGCGCUCUGGUGGGGGACAUAUCAAAUCCUGCAUAAAAGAUGGCCAGCAACUAAUCAUCACCUUUGAAAAGAAAGAAGAUGCUCUGGAAGUCUUGCAAAGAGAGGCUCACUCAAUAAAUAAAAUUGCCCUUCUUGUCAGCCGAUGGCAACAGCAGACAGCUCGAGAGCAGCCACAAAUGUCAAAUUCUCUUGUUGUGCUUGAGAAUGUGAAAGAGAACAUAGAGCAACCCAUGUUAAUUAUGUUGCUGGAGAAUGCCAGUGGGCUCUCAGAAGAGGACAGUGAUUUUAGUAUGGAAAUGAUACCGGAGAAAAAUGCCGUUGUAAUAACUCUUCUCAAGUCUAUUGACAUAGACCAAUUUGUCAAACAAUUCAACCAUUAUCGCCGGGUUAAGGAAAAAAACAUUUCAGCCCGACCUCUGGAGGUGACUCGAAGCAUUCAGGUUGAAAACAUCCCACCUGACAUCUCUUAUGAUUUUAUUAGUAUCUAUUUUGAAAGCAAGAAGCAUGGUGGUGGGCCGGUGUCGGACGUAAACUACAUUCGUGAAGAUAAUUUAGCAGUCAUUACUUUUCAUAACAGCAAAGAUGUAAUUACAGUCUUGGCACAGAAGCAUUUUUUCAACAAGGUGCUUGUUCUUGUUGUACCAUACUACUUCUCCUUGGGAGCAGCUCUGUAUGGGAAGGAGAGGCCACACAUUCCCAUGCCAGAGCCAAUCAGAGUUCCUUUAAAUCCAUACCACUGGCAGUUUUUACAGCGGAAUCAGUGGUUGCUUCAGGAAAUCAACCAUGAAAUGAAAAACCACUUUUGUGAGAUAGAAUGGCCUGCAAGGCAUUGUGCGCUCCCAGAAAUUACCCUGUGCCCUUUUCCUGACUUGUCUAAACAAAAAAGAUCCUUGAUCAAGUCCUGGAACGAAAAUGUUUCUGCCCGAUUUGCCCAGAUCCUAUUGAAGCAGAAGGUUAUAGAGUAUCCAGUGAAUGCUGAGGUGUGGGAAGCCAUAAGAAACAAUAUAGUAAGAGAUGACAUUUUGAUCUUGCCUGAUUUUCCAAAGGGAAUCAUUGUCUUGGUGGGUGCAGCAGAAGCUACAGAUCAUGCUGCACAAGAAAUGAAAGUGCUCAUAGAUAGUGCUGUUAAAAAGAUUGAAAGAGAAAAGCAAACAAUAGAGGAAACUGUGUCUGUUGCUGCUGGAAAAUACACCAUUUUAAGUAAUGUUGGACUACAGGAUAGCAUCUGCUCAAAGUAUGCAGACCUAAAGUUUGGUUAUGAUGCUUCAAAAGAGCUUAUAACUCUGCAUGGUGUAGCCACUGAAGUUUUUAAAGUAAAAAGUGACAUCCUUGAAAGAAUAUCCAGAAUGGUCCAGAUAACUGUUGAUGUUCACCCUCACAUUCUUCUUUUUCUAAACAAAGUAGACAAUGGAUCACUGUCGCAAAUCUUAUUCUGGGCCAAAAAAAUUAAUGCCUUCUAUGAACUCAACCAGGAGACAGUUUUGUUGACAGCAGUAGCUCAUCGUGAUCUUCUAGAAGCUGAAAAAGAAAUAAGAAACGAUCUAGUCUACAAAUGUAUUGAGUUGGAGGACAAUUCAGUCAUUAAAAUGAUAAAGUGGAGGGAACUGACUGACCAUAUAUACAAGGCAUAUAAUUGCUCAAGUGACACUAUAAUAAUUGAUGAGCAAGAACAUCAAGUAGUCAUUGCAGGUUGUUCUAAAGAGGUGGCCACUGCCAACCAGAAGCUCUCUGAUUUUGUCGAUCACAACACAUACAUACAAAAAACUCUCCAAACAAAGUCUACAGCAGUUACAAUGUACGUGGAGGAGGCCAAGCACAGUAUCUGGCAGAACCUGAUUGUCCGAGGUGUGAAAAUCCAUUUUGGUACACAGACAAGUCACAAACUGAUUUCCCUUCAAGGACCCAGAGUAGAAGUGAUGAAGGGGCUUGAUCUCUUUCAAAAAAUACUGUCCUCUUUAUAUGCUACAAGUGUGUUGGUUGAUAAACCAGGAGCCAAACAAUUCUUCAGGGAACAAGAGCACUUGUAUGUUGCUGGUGCAAAGCAGCAAUUUAAUUGUUUGAUCAGGAUUCAAGAAGGUACAGAUGAGAAUGAUGAAGAAGGUGGCAAAAAUAGGAAUGUUUAUGAAGGAAAGCAGCCGUGCUAUGAAAUUAAGCUAGGAGACGGUGUUGUAGUAGAGGUUCAUAAGGCAGACCUGACCCGCUAUCCUGUUGAUGUUGUGGUCAAUGCAUCAAACGAGGAGCUGAAGCACAUUGGUGGCCUUGCAGAUGCACUGUCCAAAACGGCUGGACCACAGCUGCAAAAAGAAUGUGAUGAGCUAGUGAGGAAACAUGGAAGUUUGAAGCCUGGUUGUGCUGUUAUUACAAAUGCUUACAACUUGCCGUGUAAACAGGUGAUUCAUGCAGUUGGCCCAAGGUGGAACAACUUUGAAAAAGGGAAAUGUACAUUCCUGUUAAAGAAAGCUGUGAGGGAAAGUUUACGCUUGGCAGAAACCUACAAUCACUACUCUAUAGCCAUCCCUGCUGUAAGCUCUGGAAUCUUUGCAUUCCCACUGAAAGAGUGUGCCCAUGCCAUUGUAUCUGCCAUUAAGGAAACCUUUGAAGAAUCUCCUGGGAAUGGCAGCCUCAAACAGAUAUGCCUUGUAGACUCAAGGGAAGAAACUGUUCGGGCUUUCUCUGAUGCCUUGAAUGAAGUGUUGGGAAAUGAAUCAUUCCCAUCUCAACCAUCAGGUUCCAAAACUGAUAACUAUCCCAGAGAGAGUGGAACAGAACCUCAAGGAAUAACUACCUCUGAAGGCCUGACCAUAAUAAUACAGAAAAAAGGAAUUGAAGAUGCUACAACAGAUGUUGUUGUCAACAGUGUUGCCAUAGACCUGGAGCUUGACAAAGGCCCACUCUCCAAGGCUCUGCUGGGCAAGGCGGGGAGAAAACUCCAGGUGGAAUUAACCAAACAGGGCCACGGAAAGAACCUCAAAGAGGGCUGUGUGCUAAAAACAAACGGUUAUGGUCUGCACUGUUCUUACGUGCUGCAUGCCAUUUUACCUGCUUGGGACCAGGGUCAGACGUCUCAAAAGAUCUUGGGAGAAAUUAUCAAUGAAUGCCUGAAAAUCACUAAACAACACUCUCUGAAGUCCAUCACAAUCCCAGCAGUUGGAACUGGCAAUUUAAGAUUCCCCAAGCCAUUAGUUGCUAAAUUGAUGUUUGAUGAAGUGUUCAAAUUCAGCCAGAAAUAUCCAAAGUCCCUUCACGAAGUUCACUUUGUACUGCAUCCAAAAGACACUGACACCAUCAAGGCCUUUACAGAUACAUUAAAUAGCAGGCUGAACUUUGACCGUACCAGCUCUUCAGCAGUCUUUGAGAACUUCCAGGCAGGUGAAGCUUGCACUGGGCAUGUUUCAUCUUCAGUAUCUGGAGGUCAUAAAAUGCAAAUUGGCUCAAUUGCAUUGCAGGUAGAAUGUGGAGAUAUCACCCAGGAAGCCACCGAUGCUAUAGUAAAUGUGUCCAAUGGAACGUUUAACCUUAAAAAUGGUGUUUCCAAAGCAAUUCUGGAUGGAGCUGGACCAGAGAUUGAAAACGAAUGUGCUCAGCUAGCCUCCCAGCCUCACAACAACCUCAUAUGCACAAAAGGGGGUAAACUGGGGUGUAAACAUAUAAUCCAUCUUGCUGCCCAAAAUGAUAUCAAAGCACAAGUUUCCAAGGCUCUCCUGGAAUGUGAACAAAGGAAAUUGACAUCUGUUGCCUUUCCAGCAAUUGGAACAGGUCAGGCAGGACUUGAUCCAGCUGGAGUAGCUGAUGACAUGAUAGAUGCCAUAGUGGACUUUGCAACUAAAACAUCUGCCCCAGUGGUAAAAAAUAUUAAAAUAGUCAUCUUCCAGUCACAUCUUCAAGCUGUGUUUUUUGCAAGUAUGCAGAAAAAAGAAGCUUCAGCUAACAAGCCUGAUAAGCAGCCACCCAAAUCAGUUCUUUCUAGGAUAACAGAAUUCUUUUCCUUCACGAAACCUGCAGAGACAUUAAAACCUAGGUUACUUUUGGAGAGGGCUAUAGAGCCAACCAUUUUUCAGAUUUGCGGUGACAGCCAGAAAAAUGUGCACGCCACAGAAUCUUGGAUUAAGCAUCUGAUUUUGAAGGACCAGGGUGAAAAUGUUGUCUCGGAUGAAUGGAUUUCAAACUUUGGAGACCACGAAUAUGAGAAACUGAGAGAACUCCAGCAGAAGCUGCAUGUUGUCAUAAAGCUAGAAAGGGAAGCCUCCACCCCCACUCUCCGAGUUUUUGGCAUAAUGAGGGACGUCCUGUGUGUCAGCAACGAGAUUCAAAAGAUGAUCCAAUUUGUCCGAGAAGCCCAAGAAGAGCAGUCAAAAGCAGAUCUCUUCAGCAAUAUAGUAGAGUGGCGGUAUGAAGAUAAUGGCCAAUACAAACCCUUUGACAGCCUGUCAAAUAUGCACAUAGAAUCUGCAUCACAGCAGCGGAAGCGGUGUUCUGUAACCAUUGAGAACAGACGCUAUGAAGUGAACCCACUUAGCAUGGAUGCAAAGGAUGGCCAGGGAAGGAGCAUUACUCUUCGGCGUGUAUCAAAAGUAGAAGGUCACAUGGCACUCCCUGAAGAGUGGGACGACAUGCAGAACAUGCGUGUCAAAGUAGUGGAAGUGAAGCCAGUAUCAAAGGACUAUCAAGAUGUUCAGAAGAUGUUUUCACAGACUUGUCAGAAUUUCACUAUUGAAAAGAUCGAGAGGAUCCAAAAUCCAUACUAUUGGCAGGCAUACCAAGUAAAAAAGCAGGAAAUGGAUGCCAAAAAUGGCCAUGCAAAUAAUGAAAAGCUCCUGUUUCAUGGAACAGCUAGUACAACAUUAACCCGCAUAAAUAACUCUGGUUUUAAUCGAAGUUAUGCUGGAACACAUGCUGCAGCAUAUGGAAAUGGAACCUACUUCGCUGUUAAUGCCAACUAUUCUGCCCACAACACCUACUCAAAGCCUGAUGCAAAUGGGAAAAAGUACAUGUACCUUGCCAGAGUACUUGUUGGAGAAUACUGCGUUGGAUCAUCGGGUUUAGUGGUGCCAAACCCCAAAAGUGCAAAUGAUCCCACUAAUCUGUAUGACAGUGUGACUGAUAAUAUGACAAAUCCCUCCAUGUUUGUCAUUUUCAAUGAUAUCCAGGCUUACCCAGAGUACCUGAUCACUUUUAAGUAAUGGACUUUUCUUGACUCAAGUAAUAAACCUGCCACUAUUCUGCCAUAGUAUUGUUUUGUGCAUCUGCAUUCAUUCAUACAUUGAGAACUGGUUGAAGUACAGGAAGAAGGUUACGUGUAAACUCACAGCACUCAAAAUGGAGGGAAGUAAAUAGAGGGGUCAUUUUCUGUUUAAAAGCUUUCCAAAAUGCUUUACAAGCGUCAGGCCAAUUAAAGAAAAACAAACAGCAAAACAACAUGUUGCUCUUGGAAAAUAAAAAGGUCUUGAUGCUUAAAGGACAUGUAUGGUUGUCUGCACAAACCUGACUGGGGAAGGGUGCUCCUUUGCCACUCACCUAAACCUCUAAUAGCAGGAGUGCCUGGGGGAGAGUUCUUAAAGCAGAUCUUAGACUGUGCUGAUUCACAGGGGCGAAGGCACACCCUCAGUGGGGAGGUUCUGAAAUCUUCAGGAGCAAGUAUAUGUACAACACAUUGCAGUAAUCUAAUAAAAGGGUGGGUAGGAACAUAGAAAACUGCCAUAUACUGCGUCAGAACAUUGGUCUAUCUUGCUCAGUGUUGUCUUCACAGACUGGCAGCAGCUUCUCCAAGGUUGCAGGCAGGAAUCUCUCUCAGCCCUAUCUUGGAGAAGCCAGAGAGGGAACUUGAAACCUUCUGCUCUUCCCAGAGCAGCUUCAUCCCCUGAGGGGAAUAUCUUGCACUGCUCACAGUUCUAGUCUCCCAUUCAUAUGCAGCCAGGGCAGACCCUGCUUAGCUAUGGGGACAAGUCAUGCUUGCUACCACAAGACCAGCUCUCCUCUCCUGCAGAGGAGGUAACUCUUGCAGAGGCAACUAAAUGUGUAGAGUGGUGCAAAAUGUUCAAGCCUCAAAUGACUGUUUCCUGGAGAGAUCUUGGGGAGCAUGGUGCAUAGCCCAAUGAAAAGACUGACUGUGGAAAAUGCAACUUCUGUUGAAGGGAUUCUUAGGUAUGUGAAAAUUAAACUGACUAAUAUAAAAAUUCUUGUCUCUAAAUUUAUAGUUAAGCUGCACUUGGAAUACUUGUAGAGAAGGUUCCAAGUUCCCUCCCUGGCAUCUCCAAGAUGGGACUGAGAGAGACUCCUGCCUGCAACCUUGGAGAAGCUGCUACCAGCCUAUGUCGACAAUACUGAGCUAGAUGGACCAAUGGUCUGACUCUGUAUAAGGUUGCUUUCUAUAUUCUGGUUAUCCCAUAUAUUUUCUUUCAAGGAAAGGUGCAGAAAAGGAGAACCUAAAUGCUCAUGGAGUGAAGCAUUUCCCCAAAGCAGACUUGGAGUCUUUUAGUUUGUGCAGGGUGGGAGGGGGAGACUUAAGGAGAGAGAUUUGUAUGAACUAGUCACAAAUGGGGAGAAAGGUGGGGUUACGGUUCUCAUUACACUAAUAGGGGGGUGUCAUCUAAUUUACAUGAAUAGGGAGUCACACAUUACACUAAUGGGAGGGGAUCAGCCACAGAUGGGCAGUGGUUUCAGGAGAGACAAGACAAUACUUUUCUAUACAAUUUCACUAAUGGAAUUCACUGCUACCAUGAACACUUGCUCUUGCCAUGGGUUCUCAAAAGCUCUGAUGGGAGCCACUCUUGUUUUUGUUUUUAAACAGGAGCAUGACUAUUUCUUAGGGGCCCCAUGUUCAAGAUGUGUGCUCAGCUCCUCUUUUUUUUUUUUUAAUUUAGGUGCCAAGUUUUUGAGGGGGACUGUUUCAAGUCUCUGCUAUUGCAGCCUGCCAGCUGCUUCAUAGUCCCUACUAACUUCUCAUCGGCCCUGCCAUUUGCCAAUUUGCUGCCACCACUGCCUCAAAACACCCGCCUUGCUGGCUCUUUUGCCAUCACUGCACAGUCCCCAUUAAACACCCAAAUCAGCUGCCUGCCUUUGCUCUUCUGCCAGCCAACGCAAUAUGUCAUCACCUGGUGCAGUGGUGUCAUAUGUUGGAGAGGCAAAGGCAGGUGGCCAACGCUGGCAUUCAGCAGGGGCUGUGGAGUGAUGGCUGAGCAAGCCAGGUGACAGAGGUGAACAGCAGGGGCCCCAGCGCCCCAUGGUGGCCCGUGUUCUCUGAACAUGACUGCUCAACAGACAUUCCGGCUUUGCUCUUAGAGAUGCUAUUUCAGGGUGCUAAAGAAGGCAUGUAGACUUAGAGUCCUGUGCUUGUAGCAGGAAUUCACACUGGCAGAUUGCCAAGAAAAUCUCCUCUAAUUGGAGCCACUUAAUGUAAAUUGUUACCCAACAUGCAAGCAUUUGGGGCCUGUUGAAAAAAAUGCGUGGUUAUUUUUUAAAGUCUUCUACUAUUCCCACUUUGCACAUGCAUAGAAGAUAAUUUCCCAAUUUAUAGGGAGAAAUCCUGUCAGCUGGGAUCAGAUGAUUUAUGUAAAGGUUUUCUCCUGUCAUAGCUAAGAGGAUGCAGCCUUCUAACUUUUUCAGUACCCUUCAGCCUGAGACAGAAUUUUAGACUUCCUUCCCAGUGAAGAAGUACAAUUCAAAGAAAGCUGUUGGUGUCUCACUAGGCCAUAAACUGGGAUUUAAACUUCCUUAUUCUUCCCCGGAGGCCAUAGAAUAGCCAUGCCACUUAGAUUCUGAAGUCUUUUUGUAAUCUUAGGCCACUUGAAGGAACAAAAUGCAAGAAAUGCAUUUUGCUGGGUUUUUUUUUUUUAAUCUGCCUGUAAACUCUUUUCCUUUUUGUAAUAAACUAAUCUUUUAACCUU